CUGACCGGACAGCUGGAGGAGGAGGAGCUCUAAUCAACCACUAGAGGGCUCCCUCGCUUAACCCGUUUUGCCCGAAGUGAGCCGGGCGAGCCCCGAACAUUCUGCACGCGCCUGCGCACACUCUGGCCUGAAGGCCUCCAAGUUGGAAGCGGUAACUGACCAGGUUCAGGGCUCACUCGAUUAACCCCGUCCCACCCGGGGCGGAGCGCGGCUUCCCUGCAUCCGCGGGCCCACCUGCCAAGGACUGAGGAAAUUUCGUUUCCUCCCUAGUCAGAGAAAAAAAAAAUAGGAGAAAGAACGGCUAAAAAAGUAAAGUCUGAAGAUUCUCAGAAAGCAGCACUGGCUUUGGCCAACAAGAAGCUACUCUCUCUGAAGAAGAUCUUAAGUGCAACAAUGAGCAGCAACGAGUGUUUCAAGUGUGGACGCUCUGGCCAUUGGGCCCGAGAAUGCCCGACUGGAGGAGGCCGUGGCCGAGGAAUGCGGAGCCGUGGAAGAGGUGGUUUUACCUCAGCGCGAGGUUUCCAGUUUGUUUCUUCAUCUCUUCCAGACAUCUGUUACCGUUGUGGUGAGUCUGGUCAUCUUGCCAAGGAUUGUGAUCUUCAGGAGGAUGAAGCCUGCUAUAACUGCGGUAGAGGUGGCCACAUUGCCAAGGACUGCAAGGAACCGAAGCGGGAGAGAGAGCAGUGCUGCUACAACUGUGGCAAACCCGGCCACUUGGCUCGCGACUGUGACCAUGCAGAUGAGCAGAAGUGCUAUUCGUGUGGAGAGUUUGGGCACAUUCAGAAAGAUUGCACCAAAGUGAAAUGCUAUAGGUGUGGUGAAACUGGUCAUGUAGCCAUCAACUGCAGCAAGACAAGUGAAGUCAACUGUUAUCGCUGUGGCGAGUCAGGGCAUCUUGCACGGGAAUGCACAAUUGAGGCUACAGCUUAAUUAUUUUCCUUUGUCGCCCCUCCUUUUUCUGAUUGAUGGUUGUAUUAUUUUCUCUGAAUCCUCUUCACUGGCCAAAGGUUGGCAGAUAGAGGCUACUCCCAGGCCAGUGAGCUUUACUUGCCGUGUAAAAGGAGGAAAGGGGUGGAAAAAUCGACUUUCUGCAUUUAACUACAAAAAAAUGUUUAUGUUUAGUUUGGUAGAGGUGUUAUGUAUAAUGCUUUGUUAAAGAACCCCCUUUCCGCGCCACUGGUGAAUAGGGAUUAACGAAUGGGAAGAGUUGAGUCAGACUAGGAAACCCUUUCUGGGUUUCUUGGAUGUGAUCCCAUGCAGGAGGUAAAACAGAUUCUGGAAGUGUCUUUGAACUUCCAUAAGUAACUUUAAUUGUAGUAUAAUGAUGGCCUUGGAUUGUCUGACCUCAGUAGCUGUUAAAUAACAUCGAGUAACAUCUGUAUCAGGCCCUAUAUAGAGCAUCUAAGUCGAGUGGGAGUAAAAAGAUGUAUAUGCCUGUUAAUGGCCAUGAGAGAGAGAGAAAUCAGGAUAAAAACCUAAACAGUAACAACUCCGUCGCAAUGUGAAUGCUGGAGAUACAGAUGGUGAAGGCAAGGUUUGGAAUAAAUUUUUUCAAAAACUAAAUCUAAAACCCAGAGUAAACAUCAAUGCUCAGAGCAAGCAUAAUUUGGAGCUAUUCAGGAGUUGCAGAGAAAUGCAUUUUCACAGAAAUCAAGAUGUUAUUUUUGUAUACUAUAUCACUUAGACAACUGUUGAGUUUCAUUUGCUGUAAUCAGUUUUUAAAAGUCAGAUGGUAAAAGCAACUGAAGUCCUAGAACAUAGAAAUGUAAUUUUAAACUAUCAAUAAAGCUGGAGGAGGAAGGGGAGUUUGACUAAAGUUCCUUUUUGUUUAUUUCAAAUUUUCAUUAAUGUACAUAGUGCAAAAUGCCAUAUUAAAGAGGGGACUGUGGAGGACUGAAAAGCUGACAGUUUGGACUUUUCUUUUUGUACUAACUCAAUCAUGUCUUCAAUGGUUAAAAGUUAGCGAUUAAAACAUGGAAAAGGCAUGGGGUUAAAAAUUGUGUCAGAUUAUUUUGCAAAAGAAUAGAAAAUGUUUAAAGCUUUGGUUCUUAACACUCAUUUACAUAUUCAUAAUAGCAGUAUUUUUUAGGUUUUACAUAAUUCUAAGUGAUGUCAACACAGUUGCUUCAAUUUAGCCAUUUUUAUAUAGAGAGUUGAUUAGUCUUUGUGUAGAUUUGAAUUGGAGCUGGAAAGUACCUUUAGAAAGUCUCCCUCAGUGAUUUUCUUUGGGGUCAGAUCAAGGAUGGAGGAUAGGGACAGAGCUGUAAUUCAAGUUCAGAUCUCCUGUUAUUCCCUUGAACUCAACUAGCACAGUGCAGCUCUGCUUUGGAUGUAGUCAGAGGGUCAUUUGGGGAGGUAUUUUUCACUAGGUUGAAUAUAAAUAUUAAGUGCCUAUUAUAGACAAGGCACUGUGCUUUAGCCACUUGGAUAUAAAGACAAAAGGAAAAAAAGAUUCCAUAUUCCCAAGAAAGUUAAUCUGCCUUUGCCUUCUGAUUGGGAGUUUAAAUAUGCUUCCUUUAUCAGUUACUCAUUUUAUAAAAAUUUAAUAAGUCAUCACUUGAGAGUUAGGGUCUUGGUGUUUCCUUCAGCUUAAAGGUCCAUAGUGGUAUGGGUAAUACAAAUUUGUAUUGAGUUUCACAGAUACUUAGGCCAUCGUGAAUUGGCCAAAAUGAUUGAAAAACAUGGUUAUAGAUAAAUUUCCCAGUGUGUUGAAUGGAUGCUAAAAGUUAUCUUUAAGUAAAAAGGCAGUAAUCAUUUUAGCAAAAAGUACUGCAGGUUAGUCAAUUUAGUAGGGGUAUUAGUGCUAAUAAAAAAUGAUUUUAAUCUUUUACACUAUAUAUGAAGCAAUGCAAAAGUUUAGUGGACACCUCAAGACAGUUCUGCUAUUUAGUACAUCAAAGAAGAUAAUUUUUCCAAUCUUGUAGAAUCACUGGAUAACUGCUUGCCAAUAAAACACAAACACCAAGUACAAUGCAAGAUGACAAAAUCAUGGCCCACUCUGGGCAAUAUUAACUUUUACUAUAGAAAUAUAAUAGUCUAAGCCAUUAAAAAAAAAUCCCUUUGGUAUAAGCCUUAGUUUAGUAUAAAAUAGCUUUAUACAUCUGGUUAAGCUCAGUUUUGGCAGGUGAAGAAGAGUGGAAACUCCAUUGCAUACAUAUAGGGUAGAAAGGCAUAUGCCAAAACUGGAGAGGCAGGCCUUUGUGAGCUUGGAUGUUAGUAAGGCAAAAGGGAAUUUCAUUUCAUCUUAGAAGUGCUGUUGCAUUCACUCAUCCAUCUUUACAUUGGUGAUGUUUAGGAACUUGGUAUAUAGAGAACUUUUUGAAACUGGUAUGGAACAGAGCCAGUUCUUGCCAGAGCUUCUAUUAUACAUUCCAUUUUUUGCUUUUUAAAUUUACCUUGCUUUCAUGUAGCCUGAACACAUUAAACAUGGAAAUGUUCCUUUUGGGGAAAAAAAUUUUAAUUGAGAGUGCUAAUGCACUGUUUGUGUAUGGUUUGAUGUGUGUGUAUAAACACUUUCCUGUGAAGCAGUAUUAAUGUACUAUGCCUGAGUAAUUGGGUGUGCGGAGAGCAAUGUGGAAUGAUAGAAUGGAACGGAUGAAGGCACUGUCCAGCUUCUGUAGGAACUAUUGUUAGAUCUAAAAUUUUUAUUGAUGUAUGUAUGAGUGGUUUUAUAAAUGUGUGGUCUCUGUUGGGGAGAAGUGACUUUUCCCUUUGGAUCAGCAGGGUUAUUUUAACUGGAAUCCUCCCACCAGAGGAGAGACACGAACACAAGAAAGCCAAUACUUUUACAUUUAACCUUUAAGGCAUUCUAAGGGGUUUUCAGAAGCACUUUAGUGUACCUUUUUUUGUCCUUGAGCUAAAUAUACUUGUUAGGGAAAACAUUUUAUUUCCUCCUCCCUCCCUUCAUUCCCUUUAUUUUUCCUCUCUUUAUGGAUUAUAAAAAUAAAAUCAAACCCAACUCUUUGGUUGUUUAGGGAACCAGAGCCAGGAGUAUAAAAUCUCCAAAUAACCAGUGUUUUCUCUUAAACGUUUUCUUCCUUGACCUUUUGAUUCAAUAAUGUUUCUCUUCAUAUUAUUGAUUUUUCAUUUCUUACUCUUAACACUGCCCUACCAUACCUGGUAAAAAUUUACUUGUUUAAUUGGAGAGAAAUAGUGGCUACUUGAUGGUAGUCCUAAAGAGAAACUCUUGGGAUGACAAAUAUUGAUAUCUAAAUCAAACUUCAUUGAAGUUUAAUCUUGUCACAUCAAUGCCUUAAUGCAAGUGGCCCCACUUAUUCUUGGAUGUCACUUUGUUUGGGUUUGCUAGCAUUGUGGAGCAGUGUUCUUCCACUAACUUAGCAAGUUUAUAUUUUGAGGAGAGGUUCAACCUUAAAUGUGUAUAUAGUACUAUUGAAUAAAAAAUGUUAUUGAACAUGACUUGAAUUUGAGGGGGAAAGAGUUUAAUAGAAAUAUUCAAUGUGGUAAGUCAUUUUCCUUGUUUGUGUGGCAGUUGGGGGGGGGGUCAGUAUAGUUGUGCCCAAUACCAUCAAAGAGGAGAAAGAAAGGAGUAGUUAGUAGUGUUUAUGAUUAGGGAAAUUAGCUGACAUCAUGAUGCAGGUCUGUGUUUUCUGGCACUUAGGAUUUGUUUUCCUGGUAGUACCGAGUUGGCUUGUGUUGGGCCACUUAUUCUCUUAGAAAUGGAGGCACAAACGGGAGAGGUGCCUGGGGGUUUAAAGAUGGUGAUUAUCGAAUAGUCCUUUGUAGUUUAAGGGGUUCUGGAAAAGUUAACCUCUGACCAUGCUCUCUUAUCAGUUGAGUAAUGCUAUCAACCCAGGUAUGCCCAGCAAGGAAGCUUCAAUUGUGUUAACAUUUUGCUAUGAAGUGCCAUUCAUCUACCAUGAUGCCAGCAUUUUUUCUUAAAUAAAAUUUUAAUAAUAAAAUGACCUGUUAAUUUAA